CCAUAAUUGCCACAGACCAUUACUUCACUUUUUACAUUGUAAAUCUAAACUGUCCCCAGGCUGUCAAGGACAUGGGGUCAUCAAAAAAAGAAAGAUUUAUUCCCCUCAGAAGCUUGAAUGUAUCUCUUACUAAAUAAACACAAUGUGCCUUUUACCUCUUGAUGUUUGACCUUUCAAUAUUAUUACAGUUAUUUUAAUGUCAUCACAGUUCUAUAUUAGGUCAUUACGAUUAUGAGUGGAUAUGUUUCAUGAUGAUUGACAGGUGUUCUUCAUGUUAAUUACUGUCAAAAGGUAGAAGAUUUAAAAUACUCCAGCCCACGCUUUACACUGCUCUCCUUCUGGCAGUGAAUGCCUGCUCCCAAUGUCUUACUUUGCCAGCGGUGCUUAACCCACUGCAUCCUUCAUGCCCCAUUCAUGUCUUUAAGAUGUACAUUCAGCUUCCUCAGAAUCAGGAGGCCUGAACUCUUAUCAAACACGUCAAGUCUGCAGCAGGUUGGACAAUAAAUAGUGACGUUACAGCUUCCUGUUUCAUGGCGAAACAUGUAAGUAUUUAUUUUUCUGUACAAAGAGAAAACAACAUUUCUUUAGACACAGCAGGACUCGGGCAGGUUGAAGCAACACAGUGAGCGUGUAUCUUCAGCUGCAGCCAUGGCACUCAGGUGGAUCAUUCUGUUCUUUGGCCUGGGACUGGCAGCAGCCAAGCUAACAGGUGACACAGAAAAUGAUGUUGAUGGAGGCCAUGACUGGGACAUCCUUAGCAUCAAUGAAGCGGCUGGUCUGGACCUGCUGGAGGGAGACAUCGUACAGGAGGAAACAUUCAUCAGAAACUCAAUCAUAGGAGAUGAGUAUCGCUGGCCAACAACCGUUCCUUACUACCUGGAGGACUGUCUGGAGAUGAAUGCAAAGGGAGUAAUCCUGAAGGCAUUUGACCAGUACAGACUGAAGACCUGCAUUGACUUCACACCAUGGAAAGGAGAGGGGAACUACAUCUCUGUGUACAAAGGGAAAGGAUGCUUCUCCUAUGUAGGCAACCAGCGUAUGGGGAGGCAGCAGCUGUCCAUUGGUGAAUACUGUGAUACUCUAGACACCGUUGAGCAUGAGUUCCUGCACGCUCUGGGCUUCUGGCACGAGCAGUCCAGAGCCGACCGUGAUGAUUACGUCAACAUCAUGUGGGAUCACAUUGAACCUGGUCAAGAGCACAACUUCGAAAGCCACGAUGACACGGUGUCCAGUGCUCUAGGCGUUCCUUAUGACUACAGCUCUAUAAUGCACUACGGAAAGACGUACUUCAGCAUUGAUUCUGAGCCCACCAUCGUCACCAAGAUCCCCCACUUCAUGGAUGUGAUUGGUCAGAGGAUGGGGUUCAGUGCUAGUGACAUAACCAAGCUCAACCGUCUCUACAACUGCAGUGAGUUCUGCCAGCCUGCCAUUUGUCCAUCAAAGAGUCAAUGAGACAGGUUACCUUCAUUACCAUAGAUGUUUGACAUAUUGUGAGGUACAAAAGGAAGCCUCUGGCAACACCUGCCAUAAUACUGUACAGUAUACUGGAACUAUAAUAAAAUACA